AUGCGUGUAUUUAAUCGCGAGGAUGACUGGAAACACGUUUUUUGGUCUAGAUUACAGGUCCUCAGUUUGUUUUCGAUUGUGGACCAUGGAUUUUCGAAACACAAUACUGAUGAAAAGCAGAAUGAUCAUGAAACAACAAAUUCGGAUUAA